UCCCUCGGCCCGGCCCCGCAACUCCCGUUUCGCCGCGGCACCGCCGGAGGAAGGCUGAAGGAGCCGCUGCCGCGCAGCUCGCCCCGAGGGAAAGCCCACCAUGUCGCGGCCGCUCCCGCUGAACCCCACCUUCCUACCUCCCACCUACGGGGUGCUGAAAUCCCUGCUGGAAAACCCGCUCAAGCUGCCGCUCGCUCACGAAGACGCAUUCGGUAAAGAAAAAGACAAAGAGAAGAAGUUAGAGGAUGACAGCACCAGUACCACAGUCCCUCAGUCUGCUUUCUUGGGCCCGACAUUAUGGGACAAGACGCUGCCAUACGAUGGAGACACUUUCCAGUUGGAAUACAUGGACCUGGAAGAGUUCCUCUCAGAAAAUGGCAUUCCACCCAGCCCAAACCAGCACGAGCAUAGCCCACACCAGCCAGGUCUGCAGCAAGCUACCUCAGCAUCCCCUUCUGUCAUGGACCUCAGCAGCAGGGCUUCUACUUCAGUCCACCCAGGCAUGGUGUCGCAGAACUGCAUGCAGAGCCCGGUCAGACCAGGUCAAAUCUUGCCAACGAACCGAAACACACCAAGUCCUAUUGAUCCAGAGACCAUCCAAGUUCCUGUUGGCUACGAACCUGACCCCGCAGAUCUUGCUCUUUCCAGUAUUCCUGGCCAGGAGAUGUUUGACCCUCGUAAGCGCAAAUUCUCUGAAGAAGAGCUGAAACCACAGCCAAUGAUUAAGAAAGCUCGCAAAGUCUUCAUUCCAGAUGAUCUGAAGGACGACAAGUACUGGGCGAGGCGCAGAAAGAACAACAUGGCUGCCAAGCGGUCGCGGGACGCGCGCCGGCUGAAGGAGAACCAGAUCGCCAUCCGGGCCUCCUUCCUGGAGAAGGAGAACUCGGCGCUCCGGCAGGAGGUGGCCGACCUGAGGAAAGAGCUGGGCAAGUGCAAGAACGUGCUGGCCAAGUACGAGGCGCGGCACGGCCCCCUGUAAGGGCGCGGGGAGGGGAGGGGAGCGGGGUAUUUUUUCUUUUUUCUUUUUUUUUUUUUGUGUUUCGUUUUUGUUUCGGUUGCGGGUUGGCAUUUGAAUAGAUGGACAAUGUGUUUCCUGUUUGAUAGCACCACGCCCAAACCAACCUUUCUGUCUUCAGCACUUUACCAGAAGCAGAAACAAAACUGACUUCACGUUAUUUUCUUUUCGUUUGCGUGUGCGGCGCAUCUGUGUGCACGUGUGUUCACACCUCUGUGUGUGUGCAUGUGUGCAUGUGUGUGUGCGUGUGUGUGUGUGUGUGUGUGUGCACGCAUCUCAGCACUUCCCAUUUUUACAAAGCCCUCUUCGAAGGGUGCCACAUUUUUACCUGGACUGUUGAGAACCGCCAUAGUAAGCUUUUUAUUACGUUGGGUUUUUUUUUCUCAGUGCUGCUUCGGAUUAGGGUUUGUACGUUCUUGUAACCGGUUCCAUCCUCCUGACUCACUUGGAAAGAUCCCAGUAUAAAUUAUAUUUAAAAAAAAAAAAAAAAAAAGGAAAAAAAAAAAGAAAAAAGAAAAAAAAAGUAGGGCUCAGUUUUUCGAGAGUAACAAGCUGUCGUUUAAGUACGUCUAAUCAGAAAAGUUAACAUGCUAAUAAAGUGCACAAAUAAUAAUUUAGUACUACACUGCAGAAAUAUUAAUUUAUAGAUUGCUUUUGUUGUAUUUUAAGUUCUGGUGAUAAUUGUCUUCAGAUUUAAAGUGCUGUUAGACUGAGUUAGCUCUACUCAUUAUAGACCCCAUAAUGGCUUCUCUGUAGCUAUUAAGGUUCCUUUUAUUUCCACGGACCCCAGGUAGGUAGGAGUACUAUUGAUAGACCACAGAGUGUGUACUUUGCACUGUCUGUACCUGAAGCAAUAAUCCUAUUGUACGCUAGCGCAUGCUGCCUGGAUGUUCCUAGUGGACGUAGGAUGGUUUCCCUUCCCAACAGGAGUUUUAAUGUCUGUAACAAAAAAGAAAAAAGACACGUUCAUGUGAGCAUGCUAAUUGUAUCCCUGCUAUAGGGAGCGCAUGUAUAAGAAGCAGGGUAAUUACCUGAAAUGACAAAGUUAAUAGCAUCAACUCAGAUCUGGCAUUGGAAUCAGAGGGGCUUUUCUGUUUUCAGUUAGUUACACAUUUCUUCGAGCUCCAUUUUGUGAUUAAAAAUUAAAUAACCUGAAUUCAGUUGUUUUUUUCCCAUGUUGUGUAAUAUAUUUUCUGUGGAUUAUAUCUUGCUGUUAUAAAAAUCACUUUGAUUCAGUUAGAAGAAGUCACUGGUUUGCAAAGCCCAUUUCUCCUAGUGGUUGUUGUUUUGAGUGUGACAUGAACUGAUGGUUCUGAAUUCUGUUGUUUUAAACUCUCUCUUUGCUUUUGAACACUUAUGUUCGAAUCUAAAGUGGACUUCUGAGAAAUGAAUGUAAGAGACACUGGUGUAUCUCAGAGGGGGAUGGUGUUGUCAUAUACUGUGGUUAAUCCAAUCAAUCUAAGUGUUUACUAUAGACCAAAAGAACAGAUAUUAUAAAAUGUAUAAAGUUUAUACAGAAUAAUUAUAGUAUGUUUGUUUUGUACAGUAUUUUUCAAGUACAAAUACUGACAGUGUAUUUUGAAAGACAUAUAUUAUAUAUAACAAAGAGAAAAAGCUAUUCCAUGUUUAAAAUAUAUAGCAAAGAUAUAUAUUCUCCAUUAUUGUACAGAAAGGAAAUGCUUAGGAGGUUGUUGGUUGGUUUCAGUUUUUGUUUUGUGAACCUCUCGUGUUUUAAGCCUACCACUGGCACACUGGCAUGUUCUGUGCUUUAAAUUAAGUUGUUAUGGAAGUAGUGUGGCUUUCCAGGCUGUUCAGUAUUACUGAAGAAGAGAGACUUGCUUAUUUUCCAUUGGAAACACGUGACAGAUCUGUUUCAUAGGGACAAAGCACAAUAUGGAUUUUAGGCAACUAUUGAUUGGACAGUGCAAUUUCUAAAGGCAAAAAACAGCAUGCAAACCCCAGACUCACUCACUUCUAAUCUGCUGCUGCUGCUCGAAUCUGUUUCCAGGUGACCUUUUUUCUGAUGAAUAGCUCAGUUCAUGUGUACGGUUGUACGUAGUGCACAUGGUCAUUCACAUGUGAGUAAAAUACGGUGCUACAUGUCCUGCUCACUGUUUCCUGAGUGUUUUUGGCAUUGUUUUCAAAUAAAAAGGUCGUUCAUUCCAUUAAACAAUGAUUCAGGAGAUGCCUACAAAGGACCCGACAUUUUGUCCAGCAUUACAGACAUCCGUGCACACUGACGUUUUCCCAGUACUUGAUCUCAGACCCAGCAUGUCCCUCAGCGCGCAGUACUCGCCCGUGGACCUUGAACUCAGUGAGCUCAACUUUCUUCCAUGUGCUGCAGCAAAGCUUGGAGUGCAGUCAGUUCUUUUCUAGAGCUCAGUGUAAGGCACUGAAUGCACAAAUGGAGAAGCAGGAGGCAGCGGCCAGCACAGCUGAGCCUUCAUCAUCUGCUCUGUGCUCUGGGAAGCAGAAGUUUGCUUUCCCUUUGGCGCUGCGUGGCGGUGGCGGAGCUCCCCAAGCAGCCACUGCCACGGAUGCAUCUUUAGCAGCUGCGCAGCAAUUGGCAGCAGUUUGUCAUCAGCAUCGCUGUGAGCAUUCUUGGAGUGGUGCCUGAAAAGCAGAAAUGGUGGAAAUGAAAUCAGCUGAUGUGGAAAUGGUGAGAACCAUUGGUACGCUGCGUUGUGACCACAGAGUGCUCCUUAAAGGAGCCCGAGGGCUUUGGGUGCUCCCUGCACGACACCCUCUCAGAGCUCAGGACUCGUGGCCAAAAACCUGGCAGUGACAACAGGUUUUCCAACCAGGCUGUUUCCCCAGCGUGGCAUAAACCAACAGGAAAUUCAGCUCAUGUUCAGCUCCGCGGCUCAGUUCAGCUGGAGUCAUCACAGCUCUGAUGGCUGUGAAGGAGCUUGCAGGCAUAAGAAACUCUCAUUUUAUAAAAAUAGAAAUAUAUGUAUUUGCAGAAUAAAUACCAGCAUGUCUAAAUAAUUCACUGACCUCUACUAAAAACGUAAGCAUCAGUAAAAUGCUUAAUUUCUAUUUCUUUACCUCCGGAUCUUAGAAGCGAAUUCUUUCUUUUUGAGAAGGAAUAUCCUCGACACAAAUGGAAUCUGAGACGUAUUUGUGAACAUGAGCACCUUGGGGAGCUGCUUUGGAAGGUGCGUGGCAGAGGGCAGGGGAGUCCUUUUCUUUCUUUCCAAUGGUGCUUUGGGGUCACUGGAUCUGACACCAUGGCAGCACUGUCUGACUUGAACUCACAGAAGCAAAGUGCCCCUGGCAGCACUGGGGCUCUGUGUGCGCUGUGCUGCCUGCAGCACCAAAGGCUCCUGGCCAUGGAUCAUCUUGCCUCUGUGGGUUUGUAAUAACCCCAAUUAUUGCUUAAAAGCUAUUUUUGCAUGUGACUUACAAUAGGGAUGUGCAGUUUUAUUUUUAUUGAGGUUUUUUUUUUUUCUAUGUCAAGAAGGAAAUAUAUGUAUGUAUUAAAACAAGUGAUCAACCAUUGUAUUUCUGGCAACACCACGAGACAGCAUCUGUUUAAACACAAGUUUAAUAAGAUCAAAUUAACUGUACAACAAGAAAUGGAUUGCAUCCUGUAUGCUGUUCAGCCCAAAUCUUAUUUUAUUUUUGUCUGUUAUUCUCAAUGUUUAAUAAACUUUUAAAUUUGUC